GGCUCGAGGCCUCGCGGGGUCGGAGAGAGCGCUGCGCCGCCCCCGCCCCCCCGCGCUGCCGGUGAGCGGCACCCCCGGAGCGGCCUCGGGCCGUGGACCUCCCGGGCCGGCCGGCAUCUGAACCUGCCCGCGGCGGCCUCAUGUCGGGGCCAGUGCGCUCGGGAGGCGCUCGGCAUGGCGCCGGGCGGUCGGCGCUGUUCGCCGCGGCUGUGCUCGUCGCGGUGGCGUUCGGCCUGGGCCCGAGCUGGAUUUCGGGACCACCGGCGGCGGCGAGGGAAAGCCGCGCGAUGGUCACGCGCCGGGCGGAGCCGGAACCCCGCAUCGACGGUUCCGGCACCGGCGCCAGCGGCAGCGGCCUCGUCCAGACCACCAGCGGCAGCGGCUUCAUCGAGAUCCUGAUGGCCCGGCGGCUCCAGAGGAAGAGUCUGCUGGAGAAGAAGUUCGGGCCAUUCGCACCGAAGAUCAUUGCGAAGAUGGAGAUCCUGAUGAGGCUGCGCCAUGGGAAGGAUAUGUCACCGGUUUACAAGAAGAUGAUCUUCGGCAAAGAACAGCUUUGGAAACGAUGAGAUGUUAGCCAGCCAGUGAGGCCAGCAUGCGCGGGCGGAAAGCCACACCAGGUCGGCCGUGGUAUCCCUGUCGGAGGCUUGGGAGGGGAGGUCGAGGGAGAAGCCUUUUCCCAGAGGGGAAGAAUGGGAUGGACGAGGAAGCGCGCUAGACCCCCUACGCCCACAGGGGCUGGUGGGAAUAGGAUGCUUGCUAGGCCUUUACUGUAAGAACCUCAGAGCGCACGUGCCCUCAUACACGUUUUCGAGACACGGCAAACAUUGAGCCGCUAGCGACAUCACAUUGAUCGUGUGUUGCACGCUUCGCACGUUCUCCUUCAGCGCUGCAUUUCGUCCAUGGUUUUAAUUCCGCUUUCGACCCGCCGUCUCUGCUUUCUGGCUCGCGCGGCUCACUCAUCUUGUCAAGGCGUGGUCUGACUUCUGCCGAUGAUAUGCAUGUUUCUCAUGCGCCCUGCUCAUUUGAGCCCUGCUGUUGGCUUCGCAAGU